UCGCUAGAGUCGACCCCUUGAGUCUGAUUGCCAUCAUUUAUGAUCAGAGGUGGAGAGUCCAUGGUCAGAAAGUAAAAGUCCUGCAAUGUGUUAUUUCUACCAAUGGUAGAAGAAUUGUGCCACUUAGUAAAUCCAGGUGAUUGGAGCAACAUAGUGGGGAGGACUUUUCAUUCCUGAAAUUGGAUUCCACCUCUGCUUAUGAUUGACUGUGCGUCUUCGUCUUGGACUGUUUCAGAUUCGGUCUUUGAGCAGAUCCUGCACUCCUCCCAGCCUGAGUUGGCCGAUGCACGCCAAAUCCUCCGCAACAUACUCCGCCGCAAACUUUACAAGUGUAUUGGCCAAACACACCCCAAAAGGCACAUGGAGAUCACACAGGCUGACCUACUGUCAUUGGCUAGCAGUGUUGCUGAGGCCCGCCCACAGAGUGAGCCAGAUGUGUUCCUGUGUGCAGAAGACUUUGUUGUCACUGUGGUGAACAUGGACUAUGGGAUGAAUCAGCGGAAUCCCAUUAAUAAUAUGCAUUUCCACUGUAAGAAUGACCCCACCAGAGCCUUUAAGAUCAGUAAAAACCAAGUACAGCUGGUCCUCUUCACUGAGUACAUUUAUUUCCCAAUUUAAUGUCCUAUGAGUACCUCAAUUAAGACAUUUAACAACUCCAUAGUCAUGACAGCAUCUUGGUUAUGUAUCUUUGUUAAUUACAAACCACA